UUAUAAACCAGCACAGCUCUACUGCCCCCAUUCCCACAGAGAGAGAGAGAGGAACUCCAGAUCUCCAAGCUUGAAGCUCUACAGCACAUCUCCAUUAAGAAGGAGCAACUACUUUUGACAAGAGACUGCCAAUUAAAACCAAGGGCCGGCUGCCUUGUAAAGCAUAAAUCGGAUUAUUUCAUUCAUCACCGUCCUGACAGAAGUGUCCUUUUAACAAGUAGGUUAGAAAAUCUUUCUGUUUUUUUAACCCUGUCAAAGUUUUGGCCUGUUUGAGCGCUUCACACCGUCCUGCAGAACCGCGCAGCGGCGAGAUCUCACCUCCAGCUCAGCCGAGGUAUAAAAGAGGCCAGCGGCAAAAGGAAAGAUGAUGAGCCACAAAACCCCGCUGGACGAGCAGCUGCCCCAGUACCACCAGGCCACUGAUCUGGGGGACGAAGAAGACGACGAAAUGCCUGCAACGGAGAAGGAGCUGGCCGAGGACGCACCCUGGAAGAAAAUCCAGCAGAAUACCUUCACCAGGUGGUGCAAUGAGCACCUGAAGUGCAUCAACAAAAACGUCACGGACCUGCAGAAGGACCUGAACGAUGGCCUCAAGCUCAUAGCCCUGUUGGAGGUGCUCAGCCAGAAGAAGAUGUACAGGAAGCACCACGUCAGGCCCAACUUCAGACAGAUGAAACUGGAAAACGUCUCAGUGGCUUUGGAGUUUCUCGACAGGGAGAAAAUCAAACUGGUGUCGAUAGACAGCAAAGCCAUCGUGGACGGAAACCUGAAGCUCAUCCUGGGCCUAAUCUGGACCCUCAUCCUGCACUACUCCAUCUCCAUGCCAAUGUGGGAUGACGAAGAUGACGAUGAAGAGAAGAAGAAGCUCACUCCAAAGCAGCGUCUGCUCGGCUGGAUCCAGAACAAAGUCCCUCAGCUGCCCAUCAACAACUUCAACCGCGACUGGAGGGAUGGCAAAGCGCUGGGAGCGCUGGUGGAUAACUGUGCUCCAGGUUUGUGUCCAGACUGGGAGACAUGGGACCCGAAUAAGCCCGUGCAGAACGCCAGAGAGGCUAUGCAGCAGGCUGACGACUGGCUGGGAGUACCACAGGUGAUUGCCCCUGAGGAGAUUGUGGACCCAGAUGUGGAUGAGCACUCGGUGAUGACGUAUCUCUCACAGUUCCCCAAAGCCAAGCUGAAGCCUGGUGCUCCAUUAAAGCCCAGGCAGCUGUACCCCAAAAAGGCGAAAGCUUACGGACCAGGUAUUGAGCCUCAGGGGAACAUGGUGAUGAAACCUGCUGUGUUUACGGUGGAGACGCUGGAGGCCGGAUUGGGCGAAGUUAUAGUAUAUGUGGAGGAUCCGGAGGGCCAUACAGAAGAGGCCAAAGCUGUUCCCAACAAUGACAAGAAGAGGACUUACUCGGUCACUUACCUACCCAAGGUGGCCGGCCCUCACAAGGUGAAGGUGCUGUUUGCCGGGCAGGACAUUGAUAAGAGCCCCUACAUGGUCAAUGUAGGUAAGGCUCUUGGGGACCCCAACAAAGUGCAGGCCAGAGGCCCCGGACUGGAGCCCACGGGCAAUGUGGCUCAUAAACCCACCUUCUUUGACAUCUAUACUGCAGGUGCUGGGGCUGGUGAUGUUAGUGUGGUGAUUGUGGAUCCUCAGGGAAAGAAGGACACUGUAGAGGUCCUGCUAGAAAACAAAGGCGACAGCAUGUUCCGCUGUACCUACAAACCCGUGAUGGAGGGACCUCACACUAUCCAUGUGUCCUUCGCUGGACAGCCCAUUCCCAAAAGUCCCUUUAAAGUGCAUGUCUCAGAAGCUCCUGUAAGUGCUACUCCAGCAUUGCAGAUUCUCCCCCAGUCAGUGCGCACUCCUCCUGCAGGGAAACAGCUCCCCAAACCUAAAGCCAGCAACCCGAACACCUGUCGGGCCACUGGGAGAGGGCUGCAGCCCAAGGGCGUCCGGGUGAAGGAGGUGGCCGACUUCCGGGUGUUCACUAAAGGCGCAGGAACAGGAGAGCUGAAGGUUUUGGUGAAAGGCCCCAGUGGAGCUGAUGUGCCGGUAAAGGUGCGGGACGUUGGUGAUGGAGUGUACGAGUGUGACUAUCGCCCCACCGUUCCCGGAAAAUACACUGUAAACAUAACAUGGGGAGGACAGCCCAUUCCACGCAGCCCCUUUGAGGUGGAGGUUGGCGUAGAGGCAGGGCUACAGAAGGUGCGAGCCUGGGGGCCAGGUUUGAAGACCGGUAUGGUGGGCAAAUCUGCAGACUUUGUGGUUGAGGCCAUCGGCACUGAGGUUGGAACUCUGGGCUUUUCCAUCGAGGGCCCAUCGCAGGCUAAAAUUGAGUGUGAGGACAAAGGAGAUGGGUCAUGUGACGUUCGCUACUGGCCCACGGAGCCUGGAGACUACGCUGUCCAUGUGAUCUGUGAUGAUGAGGACAUUAAGGAUAGCCCCUUCAUUGCCCACAUCCUGCCAGCAGCUAACGAUGUCUUUCCUGAGAAGGUUCGAGCCUUUGGUCCUGGUCUACAGCCCACUGGCGUGAUUGUGAAUAAGCCAGCGGAGUUCACCAUUGAUGCACGGCAGGCAGGGAAGGGAGAGCUGAAGAUUUAUGCUCAGGAUGCUGAAGGCUGUGUAAUUGACAUUAAGAUUACUGAUAAAGGUGACGGUACCUAUGUGUGUGUCUACGUCCCAAAAAAGCCAAUAAAGCACACCAUCAUCAUCAGCUGGGGUGGAGUCAACGUGCCUAACAGCCCCUUCAGGGUUCUUGUUGGUGAAGGCUGCCACCCAGAUAAAGUGAAGGUGUACGGUCCAGGAGUGGAGAAAACGGGUCUGAAAUCCAGUGAGCCCACAUACUUCACCGUGGACUGCAGUGAAGCUGGCCAAGGUGACAUAAGCAUUGGGAUUAAGUGUGCAGCAGGUAUUGUGGGACCAGCUGAGGCAGACAUUGACUUUGACAUCAUUAAAAACGACAAUGACACUUUCACAGUGAAGUACACACCCCCUGCUCCGGGACGCUACACGGUCAUGGUGCUAUUCGCUGAUAAGGAGAUUCCUAGCAGCCCAUUCAAAGUUAAGGUGGAACCUUCUCAUGAUGCUGGAAAAGUGCGAGCAGAGGGUCCGGGAAUAAACAAAACAGGUGUACAGGUGGACACUCCAACCCAUUUCACCAUUUACACCAAGGGGGCAGGCAAGGCAAAGCCAGAGGUCCACUUCAGCACCGGACAGAAAGGAAACCCAGUGAAGGACUUUGAGAUUAUUGAUAAUCAUGAUUACUCCUACACUGUUAAAUACACUCCUCUGCAUCAGGGUAAUAUGAGUAUCUCAGUCACCCAUGGAGGAGAUCCCAUCCCUAAAAGCCCUUUCAACAUCACUGUUGCUCCCCCUCUGGAUCUCAGUAAAGUCAAGGUGCAAGGCCUCAAUGAAAAGGUGGAGGUUGGAAAGGACCAGGAGUUCACGGUAAACACACAGGGAGCUGGAGGCCAGGGUAAUGUUGGUGUGAAAAUGGUUUCACCCUCCGGCAGACCGAUUCCCUGCAAGUUGGAGCCUGACAGAGCUAAAGAGGUCACUAAUGUGAAGUAUAUCCCACCUGAGGAGGGUCAAUAUAAGGUGGACGUCAGCUAUGAUGGAAACCCUGUGCCUGGAAGCCCCUUCACUGUGGAGGGCGUCAUGCCCGCUGACCCCUCGAAGGUGCGUGCAUAUGGACCAGGACUGAAGGGAGGCAUUGUGGGGAAGCCUGCUCCAUUCACCAUUGACACUAAAGGAGCAGGUGCAGGUGGGCUUGGCCUGACAGUAGAGGGUCCAUGCGAAGCUAAGAUUGAAUGCCAGGAUAACGGCGACGGAACAUGCUCUGUUUCGUAUCUGCCCACCGAAGCCGGAGACUACAACAUUAACAUCCUGUAUGGAGAAAAACACAUCCCUGGGUCACCAUUUAAAGCAGCAGUGAAGCCUGCACUGGACGCAAGCCGGGUCACUGUUAGCGGCCCUGGGCUGGAGAGGGCGAAAGCAGGUGAAUUGGCCACUUUCACUGUUGACUGCAGCAGGGCUGGGGAGGCUGAGCUGACGGUGGAGAUUGUGUCGGACUCAGGGGUCAAAGCAGAGGUUUGCAUCUUCAACAACAACGACGGAACCUUCUCAGUCACCUACACGCCCCAAUCUCACGGCCCAUACACCAUCAGCAUCCGCUACGGUGGCCAGAUGGUGCCGAAAUGCCCCAUCCACAUACAGGUGGAGCCCGCGGUGGACACCAGUGGGGUUAAAGUCUAUGGGCCUGGAGUAGAACCUAAAGGUGUUCUGAGGGAUGUGACCACACACUUCAUCGUGGAUGCUCGAGCCAUGAACAAAACCGGAGGAAAUCAUGUCAAAGUGAGGAUUAUCAAUCCAUCAGGCUCCAACACAGACGCACACAUCACAGAUAAGGGUGACGGCACAUGCAGAGUGGAGUACACCGCGUUUGAAGACGGCGUUCACGUGAUCGAGGUAUUUUACGAUGAUGUUGCUGUUCCUAAGAGCCCCUUCCGGGUCUCAGUGGUGGAGGGAUGCGACCCAUCUCGUGUUCGCGCCUACGGUCCUGGGCUGGAGGGCGGCAUAGUCAACAAACCCAACUGUUUCACUGUAGAGACACGGGGUGCUGGAACAGGGGGGCUGGGCCUGACCAUCGAGGGGGCAUCUGAGGCUAAAAUGUCCUGUAAGGACAAUAAGGAUGGAAGCUGCAGUGUGGAAUAUGUUCCAUUUAUUCCAGGAAACUACGAUGUAAACAUCACCUAUGGAGGCCAGCCUAUUCCAGGAAGUCCGUUCCGUGUCCCCGUCAGAGAUGUGGUGGAUGUGAGUAAGGUGAAGUGUUCAGGUCCUGGGCUGGGGAGCGGAGUCAGAGCUCACGUCCCACAAACCUUCACUGUAGACUGCACCAAGGCGGGUGUGGCUCCACUGGAAGUGCAGCUCUACGGACCAUCAGGUGCUACUGAACCCGUUGCUGUCAUCAAUAAAGGUGAUGGAACACACACUGUGAAUUACACACCUGCAGAGGAGGGUCCGUACACUGUGUCUGUCAAAUAUGCAGACAAAGACGUCCCACGCAGUCCAUUUAAGGUUCACUCUGGUCCCUCCCACGAUGCCAGUAAAGUCCGUGCUAGCGGUCCUGGGCUGGACAAGGCUGGAGUGGCUGCAAGUCUGCCUGUCGAGUUCACCAUUGAUGCCCGGGACGCUGGUGAGGGCCUUCUCACUGUGCAGAUCCUGGUGAGCUCCUCAUUUUGUUUCUCACGGUCUCUCUUUCUUCAUACUACACGUUCAAGGACUGAUCUGAACUCUUUUUUUCUUGUGCAGGAUCCUGAAGGAAAGCCGAAGAAAGCCAGCAUUCAGGAUAAUAAAGAUGGCACAUACACUGUGUCUUACGUUCCUGAUGUAACCGGCCGCUACACCAUCACUAUAAAGUACGGUGGAGAUCAGAUCCCCGCCUCUCCGUACUCCAUCCAGGCCCGGCCCAGCGGAGACGCCAGCAAAUGCCUGCUCUCAGUGUCUAUUGGAGGACACGGAGUCGGCAGUCUUGGGCCCAAUAUUCAGAUGCGUGAGGAGACGGUGGUCAGCGUGGACGCUAAGGCUGCUGGGAAGGGGAAGGUGACCUGUAAGGUUCUCACUCCAGAUGGAGCUGAGCUGGACGUGGAUGUUGUGGAGAAUUUAGAUGGCACUUUCGAUAUUUACUACACUGCCCCCGAACCUGGAAAAUAUGUCAUCACCAUCCGCUUCGGUGGGCAGCAUGUUCCCAACAGCCCUUUCCACGUACAGGCUACAAAGGAGCCUGUCGUGCCGAGUGACGCCAAGCAGCCUAUGUUCCGCCCCCUCAACCUUCUUAUCCCUUUCACCGUUCAGCAGGGUGAGCUCAGCGGUGAGGUUCGUAUGCCUUCAGGGAAAACAGCACGGCCUCUGAUCAGAGACAACAAAGACGGGACGGUGACGGUGAAAUACGCGCCCACAGAGAGAGGCCUGCAUGAGAUGGACAUAAAGUAUGACGGAAACCACAUCCCAGGAAGUCCACUGCAGUUCUAUGUGGACGCUGCGGACAGUGGAAUGGUUACGGCGUAUGGACCUGGCCUGUGCCAUGGCACAGUCAACAAACCAGCCACUUUCACUGUGGUCACCAAGAAUGCUUCAGAAGGUGGACUUUCUCUGGCUGUAGAAGGGCCAUCAAAAGCUGAAAUCAGCUGCAAAGACAAUAAAGAUGGAACCUGCACCGUGUCCUACCUGCCCACUGCACCUGGAGAUUACAACAUUAUUGUGAAGUUUGAUAACAAGCACAUUCCAGGCAGCCCCUUCACAGCUAAGAUCACAGGUGAUGAUUCCCUGAGAAUGUCUCAUCUUAACGUGGGGACGGCAGCUGAUGUUUCGCUGAAAAUCACUGAGACUGACUUGAGUUCACUCACCGCCAGCAUCAGAGCACCGUCCGGCGCAGAACAGCCCUGCCUGCUCAAAACACUGCCCAACCGCCACAUUGGCCUGUCCUUCACCCCUAAAGAAGUUGGAGAGCAUGAAGUAAGCGUGAGAAAGAGCGGAAAGCACGUCAACAACAGCCCUUUUAAAAUCAUGGUGGGCCCUUCUGAGAUCGGAGAGGCCAGCAGGGUCAGGGCCUUCGGAAAAGGCUUGGUCGAGGCUCAUACCUUUGAGGUGGCUGAAUUUUUCGUGGACACGAGGAACGCAGGUUACGGGGGACUGGGGCUGUCCAUUGAGGGUCCAAGUAAAGUGGAUAUAAAGUGUGAGGAUGUGGAAGACGGAACGUGCCGAGUGACCUACUGCCCCACCGAGCCGGGCAACUACAUCAUCAACAUCAAAUUUGCAGAAAAGCACAUCCCAGGGAGCCCGUUCACAGUGAAGGUAACAGGAGAAGGCAGGAUGAAGGAGAGCAUCACGAGGAAGAGGCAGGCGCCCUCUAUCGCUUCAGUGGGCAGCAUCUGUGACCUCAACCUCAAAAUUCCAGGGAACUGGUUCCAGAUGGUUUCGGCUCAGGAGCGUCUGACCCGCACAUUCACGCGCAGCAGCCACACAUACACACGCACAGAGCGCACGGAAAUCAGCAAGACCCGCGGCGGAGAGACCAAACGAGAGGUUCAUGUGGAGGAGAGCAGGCAGGUGGGAGGGGGAGACCCCUUCAGAGAUGUUUUCGGGUCGUUUCUGGGCCGUGAGAGUCUGGGCUGCUUUGGAUCUCUCACAGCCAAAGAGGAUGUGCAGGGCAUGACGGCCCAGGUGACCAGCCCGGGAGGGAAGGUUGUGGAUGCUGAGCUCGUGGAAAGUGGAGACAGUACCUACAGUGUUCGUUUCGUGCCUGCUGAGAUGGGCUCCCACACGGUCAGUGUGAAGUACAGGGGGCAGCAUGUCCCUGGCAGCCCCUUCCAGUUUACUGUAGGACCCCUUGGUGAGGGGGGCGCACACAAGGUCCGAGCUGGUGGUACCGGACUACAGAGAGGAAUCGCAGGGGUGCCCACGGAGUUCAGUAUCUGGACGCGAGAGGCUGGAGCAGGAGGUUUGUCCAUCGCUGUUGAGGGACCCAGCAAGGCAGAAAUUUCUUUUGAGGACAGGAAGGACGGCUCAUGUGGAGUCUCUUACAUAGUACAGGAGCCAGGUGACUAUGAGGUGUCAAUCAGGUUUAACAAUGAGCACAUCCCAGACAGUCCAUUCACUGUCCCCAUCGCCACGCUGUCUGAUGACGCCCGGAGAUUGACCGUCACUAGCCUUCAGGAGAAGGAUCUGAAGGUGAAUCAGGAAGCCUCUUUCGCUGUGCAGCGUAAUGGGGCGCGAGGAGUGAUCGAUGCGAAGGUCCACAGUCCAUCCGGAGUGGUGGAGGAAUGUUACGUCACUGAUGUGGAUGCUGACAAGAGCGCCAUUCGCUUCAUCCCGCGGGAGAACGGCGUUCACUCCAUCGAUGUGAAGUUUAACGGCAGCCACAUCCCCGGCAGCCCCUUUAACGUGCGCGUGGGCGAUACGGGUCACGCAGGUGACCCCGGCCUGGUGUCCGCUUAUGGCCCCGGGUUACAGGCCGGCUGCACAGGUGUUCCCGCUGAGUUUGUGGUCAACACCUGCAACGCUGGAUCUGGAGCUUUAUCUGUGACGAUCGACGGCCCUUCCAAGGUGAAAAUGGACUGUGUGGAGUGCAUGGAGGGCUACAAAAUCAACUACACCCCCAUGGCACCUGGAAACUAUCUCAUCUCCAUCAAAUACGGCGGACCGCAGCACAUCGUUGGAAGCCCUUUCAAAGCCAAAGUCACAGGUGUCCGUCUGUCUGGAGGCCACAGUCUGCAUGAAACCUCCUCCGUCCUCGUGGAGACGGUCACUAAGACCUCGACGGUGGGUGGGGCCUACAGCGCCGCCUCCAGUUCAUCGCUGUCUUCCGACGCCAGCCGAGUGGUGUGUCAGGGGGCUGGACUGUCCAGAGCUUUCAUAGGCCAGAAGAACGCCUUCACCGUGGACUGCAGCAAAGCAGGCACCAACAUGCUGAUGGUGGGAGUGCACGGCCCCCGGACGCCGUGCGAGGACGUUUACGUGAAGCACUUGGGCAACAGGCUUUACAACGUCACCUACACAGUGAAGGAGAAAGGAAGCUACGUGGUGAUUGUGAAAUGGGGAGACGAAACCGUGCCUGGAAGCCCCUUCCACGUGACGGUGCCUUGAAUCACGACCCCCUUGACGCCCACACCGCAGAGCUGAAAUGCACUAUAAACAUGCUGGAGACUUUUUCUUAAAGGAGAAGGAGAGUUUACUGUUUGUGCCAAACAUUUACUGUUAAAGAAACACUCCUGCACUUUAAACCUCGGCUCUGCCUGCUUUUCCUGCACGAGCACUGGAAAUAAACAGAUACACCAGAUGAGAUGAGGUUGUAAAAUGCUGGAGUUUCCCUUUAACUCGUCUGUUUAAAUCUCUUGCUUUUGUACGUUUCCCCUGAUCACAAAGCUGUUUUAAUGAGGUGAAGUGAACCAAUCAGUGUAACAAAGCUAGUCUGAAGGAUUUGGGAUCUUUAUUUUUUUGGAAUAUUUUAGACUUUAAAAGUCUUCAUUUAUAAUGUUAAGGAAACCAGACAAUGCUGGUGAGAUUUAAGAUCAUUCACUGGGGAUGCGCUGGGUCAGGGGUUAUUGAAGGCCACUCGAGUGGUCAGAGUUUGGGGUUUAGGCCUCAUCAGGGGAAACAGCAGCUUUGUGUGUGAAUGUCCUGAUACAUUAAGCAGCAUUAAGUGUGUUACUCCAUGGUUUUAUAUGCUUUAAAAGAGUGUUCUUUUUGUUAUAUUAACCAAAUGGUGAGUCUUUGCCGACCUAAUAAAAAAAAGCUAACUUGCCACA